AAAUGUUGAAAGCCAGACUGUCAGUGACUUUAAUGUGACAAACCAUGAGACAAACAAGCCAAGUACUUCUACUGAAAAGCUGUUUCUUGUCGAGGAAAGAUUGAGUGACAAGUCCGGUGCACAGCUGGAGGCAUCACAAACCAACAGCACACACACCAGCUCCAUAUUUGUUAUUCUCUCGGUCUCUCGCUGUUUUUUUUUUUUUAUGAGCUGUUUGUUAAAUUGUUACAGUUACUGCCCAUGCACACUCUCCACAAAUGUCUGCAAAGAGUUUCCCACUGCAAAACUAGAAAUGCAGCUUCUCAUUGCACAAAUGAGCACAACAAGAACACAUUGUCUUAUUGUGAGAGGAAGAAAAAAGAAGAAAAAACUGUGUGGAUUAUUACAGUUUUGCACACUGUGCUCAUUGAGAUGAGGUCAUAGCCAGGCCCCUCAUUACACAAGCCCACAUCCGAGAUGAACUGGUAAUUUCCACCAAAAAAAUGGGAGGUGGUUCCAAACUGGAACACACAGGGAAGGAUCUAAGUCUAAACUGAUGAUCAGACACAAAUAAUGUUGAAACUAUUGGCUGUGAUGCACUUUGUGGCUAAAGAAGUACCAAAUUAUGUUACAGUAUUCCACAACUUGUUCUUUUUUUUGUGUAAGUGGUAAAACGACACUAUAAAUGUUAAAGGGCAGAAGGCGUGGUUUGUGUACUCUUAAAGAAUUUUAACACUAUGUGCCAAGGAUGCAGUCAUCGCAGUGGUGCAGAAGACAAGUUAAGCAAUGCAAGAUCUGCAACAUAAAACACCACUGCUAGAUGAGAUCAUUAUUUGGAAUUACCACACCUUGCUGCAGGCUCAUGUAUUGUUGGUGGGCCAACAGACUCAGAUCCUGCUAUUAUUGUGUUUUACGCUAUAAAAUACAUCAUAAAAAUCCCCCGGGUGUCCCAAACACAGGUGCAUAAUCAUGAGGUGUUCGCUGUGGAGAUAUCGGAUUCUUCUGAAGAGAAUGUUUUGGCAUAUCAUCUUGAAAGCAAUCUUCCUGAAUUAAUUCAGUACUUAAUCUGUACUUCAUGUACCCAAACAAACAACAUGAUUUUAUUGCCUAACAGCUGAGAAACUGCAAAAGAACCAGAACUUGGCGCACAAAUCGAAUUAGUUGCAGCAACAUAGAAUGAUGUAAGACAUUUUGGGAGAUUUACAAAAUGAGAAAUAGUCUGUCGGUCAUUGGCCAAGAGCGCAGAUGAAAACCAUAACUGGUAGAACAUUAUUGCUAUAAAAAAAGACUCAAUAAAAUAUUUUUAAAUGAGAAAUAAAUAAAUAGAAACACUUAAAAUUAGGAAACUAAAAAAAGGUCGGAAAACACUGAACCCACAUAUACUGGGAAUAAAAAAAAAAUAGGUGUAGAAUCUGUAUUUUCAAUCAAAUUGCAAGCAACAAUUGAAAUUUAAAUGUACAAACUAAAUACAUUAAAAUUGAAAUAGUACUUUUUGUCAUUCGUACUCUAACGAUCUUUGUUUAAUUAACAACUUUGGCACAAAUACAGCUCGUAUAUAUCUUUCCAGACUGAUCCAUGGACUAAAGGAAGGAAGAUAAGGAACCUUCAUUACGAUUACAGCAUGCCAACUUUCCCACAUGAUCAACCAGAGGAUGCAUCUCAGAGCCAAAAGAGAGACCUCAAAGACUUUGAGAACUCUCUCAUCCAACUGACGACAAGUCUGGACUUGAUGCAGGAGGAACCAGAAAGACCUCUUCAGAAGAAGACAGAUGCUGUAGAUUUAGGAUUGGAAAUGUUUAGAAGAAGACAAAGCCCGGGGGACCACGUUGACAAAUCGUGGCUAAAGUUGAGGUCACUCCUGAGGGACUAUCAUCAGGAUCUCAUGUUGGCUCUAGACGUCUCAUCAUUUUACCAACAAGCCGACAGCAUCAUUGGCUCCAUUACCAGCAAGAGGAACCGUGUACUGGCGGGCGACAUCCCAAAAAGUGACAAAGAGACCAGAGAAAUUGCCUGUCAGAUCAACAUGCUGAACGAGUCUGCGUCUCGGCUGUCAACUCUCCACCCAACCCUGGCCAGAAGAGUUACAUGCAAACAGGCCGAGGUGAAGGAGAACUGGGCACUUCUCCAGGAGUUUCUCCGGAACCAGAAGACAGAUGUUUCUUCAAAACGCCCGUCAGCGUUACCCGCUGAUCCUCUAACCACAUGCCCUGACUCACAGAGCUUUGCUAGAAAUGAGGGUCACAGCGUAAUGGGAAAAGACGUCAAAGAAGAGCAAAACCGUCUCAGAGGAUUUGAGUGCACUCAAGGCCUGUGGACCCAUAGGACGUGGAGUCCGGUUGAGGAAUGUUCUAUAGAGAGUCAAGUCUCACUGUCGGAAAGCAGCUGUUCCAAGCUGGACAAUAUCUCAGAAAAAGAGGACAUGAAGAGCUGUAUCGACCAGAUGGCUCAAACAACCCCUGUUUCCGCUCAAGAAUGUCUCAUACCCAAUAAGCUGUUGAAAGAGUCGACGACAUCCACUGGAAUGAAUGAAGAGCAUGACUGCUCAAAGCAAAGACAAGACCACAAAAUAGAGGAGCUCCUAAGCCAGGUGGAGGUCCUUUGGGAUGCUCUGCAAAAGAAGUAUGGAGAGAACAAUAAGACUGAACCAGCAGAAAAAGAACAAUCUGGAGAUAAAGCUGCACAAAUGGUGUCAGAUCUCACAGUUUCAAACAAUCUCCUGGAAAAAUUAGAGGAAGGCAGUUCAGGAAUGCUUGAAAAGUUCCUUGAACUUCUGGAUCCCAGCGAUUAUCACAAAAUAUGUCAGGAUGUUCCUGGAACUCUGCAAGAAAUGGCUGAGGCUGCAGAAAUGUCUCUAAAUUUACUGAGUCAACAAACUGAACAAGAAAGAUCCCAGAAGCAGGACCAGAUCACUAAUGAGCUACAAAGCUCGGUAAAAUAUGAGCUUGUUUCACAAAGCGAUGUCCAACAUCAACCUAAUAUUAGAGAGUUACAACUAUCUACUCUAACACUGCGGAUAAACCAACACCUCUGCCGCUGUGCUGAGCUCAGUAUGGACCUCCUGGACAUAGAAACAGAUAUGGCUGUGCUUUGUGACUCUGACCUUAGUGGUCUGGAGGGGCUACAGGAGCAGCAGGAUGACCUAGAGGCUCAUUAUAAUAUCAUUGAGGGAGAGGUGAGAGAAAUGGAGAGACUAGGCAGUCAGCAAAAGGUUCCUUCCCCAGAACAGAGAGACCCUCUCAGGGAAGAGGUUCAGGCGAUCCUGCAGGCUUGGGAGGAAGUAGGCCGCAACAUGGCUGAAAACAGAGGCCGCCUGGAGAAGUUCCACCAGAUUCAGGACUACUUCGAAAAUUAUCUUGCCAUGAUUACGUGGACAGAGAACACCAGAUCCUGUAUCCUUGCUGGCAGCUCUGCUUGGAUAGAGAGUGAAGUUGCAGAGAUUGAUCACAGCAUUGAAACAAAGCUGGAUGAGUUUAGCAAACUGGCUGCAGCUGGUCAAAUGCUUAUGCAAGAUGAGAGUCAGUUUAAAGACAUUAUCAAGGAGAGAACAGAUGAGUUGCAAAGCAUGUUGGGAUGGAUCCAGGUGAACUGGCACGUUCAAAGAGAGCAGCUUAAAAGAAACCAGAAUGGGAGACUAGAGUCAACAAAUGAUCCUGAUCAACAGCAGGCUAUACCUUUCAAAAAACUUUCUGAAGGUCUUUGCAUUAUAAAUGGAGAGGUCAAAGGACGUACUGCUGAAACACAGCCCUCUCAAAACAAGUUUGAGCAACAGAAUGGGAGGCAUGAUGUGUCCAGUGUUGCUAGUCAGGAGUCAUGCCUUUCAAAGACAUCCCUAGGCUCCAGCAUCUGUCUCAUUUUGAGCUUUGAUGACCAGUCUUCAGGCAUUAACCAAGUGACAAAGCAAUGGUCCCCCAACAAUAAUGAAAUACUUGAAGAGUCAGCAAGCAGCAUUCAGGCAGACAGCUGUCAGUCACAGGACAAAAACUCAAUGCAAAUCCAACAGCCACAAGAAAUGCUCCAGGAGAGAUGGCCGAAUGAAUCAGUUAAGAGCAAAGACACCAAAUCCAAGUCAUCUUGUGUGAAUCUUGCACAAUUGCAAAUCAAAAACCAAGGAGAAUCAGACCAGUCACCAAGCAAAGAAGAAAUAUCCAGCCAGUUGUCCACAUAUAACACUGAAUCAUCAUUUUGCAAUCACCUACCAGAGAAUCUGCAGUCCAACAACAACCAAGCAUAUCUGCAACUAUCACCAGAUGUCGAUCAGAUGCAGAAUUCAGAGAAUCAAGCGCAAAAAACUCAGUCGCAAAGCUGCAGCCCGAACUGGAUGCAAAAACCUGCACACAACAAUCUAGAAACAAACCAAAACCAAAGUGACGACCACCUGCGGGCUGAAGUGGCAGCUGAAGUCACUCAUAGAGUGUUCACAUAUUUGCACGUCUCGGAUAGUUACAGAUCCACAGGGCGAGUCUUGGAGGUCAUAUCCCCAACACAUGCAGCAGAAAAUGUCAUACCUGAGAGGAGAACGGUUUAUAAUCACAACAGAUUCGUGCCAAGCUCUUUGUUCAAGCUGAAAGAGCCAAUCACAAAUAAGGAGGAAAACCAGCGAAGGAACUCUCUGCUUGGCACUGUAGGAUCGGAAAGGUCUGGCAAACCUUCAAGCAUUUUCAGGCGAAGGUGUAACACUUGGCCAGAAGGUGAAAGGAGAGUGAAAGAAAGUCAAUCAAACUCCAAACUUCAGGUUUUUAUUAAAAAAAACAUGUUGCCGGUGAAUUCUGUCAUCGAUAACAAGUCCAACUCUUUUCCAGAAGACGAUUUGCCUAAUGCCGUCAAGACUUCAAGUGGACCGGUUAAAAACAUCUGCUCUUAUUUGUCUCUAGGAUCCACUCUUAGCUUUAGUCUUCCCAAGAGCUUUCACAACAGUGUCUUGGACAUGGAAAAUAAAGAGGAGAUUCAACCUAUCCAGAUUUAUGAUGACUCAAACGACCAAAAAAUACCCUCAGCUCGAACGCCACAGUCAGAAAUGGAGGUCGAAUCAGUGAUACAUACUAAACAAACUGAAAUAAACCUUCAUACAGUAGAUAUGGAAGAUUUUGACAGUACAGAAGAACCAAUCACUGAGGUUGAGACCCAACAGUUAAACCAAGUUUAUGAAAGCACAGAGGCUGUCUUGAGGGUUUUCACGUCGCUUGAAUAUGAAGAACCUGAUAAUGUUUCCUCCAGCCAUCACGAAGCCUCUUCUCCAGUGGUCAAUGGCUCUGUCACUCACUGUGGGCCUCUGUGUCCUUCGUCAUCAGGUGGUCACAAUUGCUUAAGUGUUUACACUAAAAUAAAAGACCUGAACGGCCACUUAUAUUACACAUCCAAAUACAUGAAGAUAAACCCCUCAAAAAAAUUGUUCCCUAAUGGCCCAGGCUCUCGUAAGAGCAGCCGUGUCAUAAACUGUGGUGUGAGAGACUGUGCAGUGUGUUUCAGUGAUACAGUGAAAGAGACAAGUGUAGACUGGGCAGAGAAACCUGACAUUAGCAUGGAGGAACUUCUUAAGCCAGGCCACUGGUUAUUCCAGCAGGAGGAAGAGGAACUGGAAGAUAUCUGGAGAGGAAGAGUGGGUAAUCUCACUUCAAACUGUACUGUGGAAACAAAUACGGAUGAAGAAACAGGGCUAUCAAUCAAAACCAACAGGGGACAGGUAGCCCACCCACUCCAUGGAUGAGAUGGCUGUUUUGGACAUCUAACCUGUCACAUCAUUGACAAGAUGGAUUAUUUCAUGGAUCCAUUUAUCUGCUGUACAUUUAGUAUGCUGUAUUUGUAUUAUUGUAUUUCAUUUGUAUUCUUCUCUAUAUCAACAUGGUAAAUUUAACUCUAAAGGUUGAUCUAAGAUCAUGCCAUAUACAAUGCAGAUACACAAUAGAGGUUUGAAAUGUCAUUGCCAAACUCCAGAUGGCGCCCUUGUCACGCUUAUGCGUACUGUGCAGCAUUAGGUAAGCACAGAGGAAUGGUGGUCAACCCAAGUACAAUAAAAAGGCACCUCUGUGCUCACCCAUUUAGAGCUAACAACAGAAUCAGCAUGCCCAGAGACCUCAUCCUGCUGAUUCACUGAGGAAAUAAUAACAGCACUGCCAUGAGAAAGCCCUUGCAUAUGAAUUACACUCUCCUUCAUAACCAGAUUCUAAUGCAAUAAACUGUACAUCUGAGAAAACAGUAUGUAAAUCACUAUUGUGGAACAUAUAUGCAAUUGAAGGGAUUAUUACUGUGUUUGUGUGGUCAUGCUGUUUUGUUACUCUCACACUUAUGUCACACUAUUUUGCACAAAAUAAAACUGAAACCCCA